CUGCUCUGACCUCAGCAGACGCCUGGAGGAGACCUGGGAUCACGUUAAACAUUAGUGGUGAGAGGUGUGGAAGAAGCGUUCUCCGGACCAGGCUUCAGCACCAUGGACAGAUCCCUGGACGCCGCGGCGUUCUUACAGAUCUGGCAACAUUUUGACGUAGACGAUAACGGUUACAUCGACGGGAAGCAGCUGGACGCCUUCUUCCGACACAUGCUGGAAAAGUUUGGGAUGAAGACGGAGGAGAUGACGGAGGAGAUGACGGAGGACGGAGUCAGAGGACUGAGGGACAGAUUCAUGUCUGCUUUCGACACGGCAGCGGACCGACGUCUGCAGAUACAAGAGCUGGCCACCGUGAUGCUGCCCGAGGAGGAGAACUUCCUGCUCUUGUUUCGCAGAGAGACGCCACUGGACAACAGCGUGGAGUUCAUGAGGAUCUGGAGAAGCUACGACUCGGACAGCAGCGGCUACAUCUCAGCAACUGAGCUCAAGGUGUCUCUUCAGGGCUUCCUGCAGGACCUCUUCCUGCAACACAGGAAGUCCAUCACCCCCGAGAAGCUGGAGGUGUACACCGACGCCAUGAUGAAGAUGUUUGACAAGAACCGGGACGGCAGACUGGACCUGAAUGAUCUGGCCAGAAUCUUGGCCCUGAAAGAGAACUUCCUCCUGAAGUUUAAGAUGGAGGCCUGCAGUCAGGAGGACAGGAAGAGAGACUUUGAGAAGAUAUUUGCUCACUAUGACGUUAGUAAGACCGGAGAGUUGGAAGGCCCUGAAGUGGAUGGAUUUGUGAAGGACAUGAUGGAGCUUGUGAAGCCCAGCAUAACUGGCACCGACCUGGACAAGUUCAGAAAAUCCCUGAUGGGUCACUGCGACAUCAACGGAGACGGAAAGAUCCAGAAGAACGAGCUGGCUCUCUGCCUGGGCCUCAAGCUCAGCUGAAGGAGCCUCACGGCCUUCAAGAUAGGCUUCUUUCUUUCCUUGAUCACUACUUACUUUCAGCCUCCUUUUCAUUGUACUUUUCCAGUUUAAGUUGCAUCCUUCACUGAUUCAUGUGUAAUUCAUCCCUUAGUGGCUCUGUUUGGUGUUUAGAGGCCUAUGUAUCCAUUUGUUAAUGCUCCUUGAUGAAAAUAAAGUUCAAAACCAUUUAUAUAUUUACUAAAAAAUCCCAGCUAGUUGGUGUUUUCAUGAUUGCAUGACAUGCUUCUUUGUAAUGAGAUUCUUGUAAAACCAGAAAUAUGAAUGAUUGUUAAUAAAAAAAAAUCUAAAUCUUUA